AUGUGGGCGUCUUCUCAAAUCUUGUCCGACAUCAUCCGCCCAUGCACCGCCUGCCAUUUACGUUUGAAAUCUUGAGCGCGAGACCAAUAAACAGCUUUCCGAUUCUCAGCUUUUGACGGAAAUCUGCACUCUCCUCAGCUUUUGCCCUGCUCGCACACGUUUUGCCGGGACUGCCUGCUGAAGGAAGAAAAUGCCAAGAAGAAGAAAUGCUUCGAGUGCAGAGCGAGCUACUCAAAGUACACCAUCAACGUAAUAUUGCUAGGUUUGUCAGUUUUAAUUCUUCGGAGAAAUGAGGUAAAAAAAAAGAGUUCUACUGAAUUAAUUGGAGAACGGAGCUUCCGUUCAAGAUGUUUUACCUUUGUUAUGAAAUUUCUCGCUUUUAUAGUUUUAAAUUUCAAAAAGCGCUUAAAUCCUUGCAAAUUUGCUUGUAAGAUAUAUCUGUAAUAUGAUAGCAUCCAUUAAAUUGGCGUCUGAUUUUUGAAUGUCAAGCAGCUUACUCCGCUUUCAAGGAUACAAUAUCUUUCGCAUAAAUGUUUCAUCGCAGAUGGCGAUGAACCUAGGCUGCAUUUUUUUGACUUAUUUUUUUAUUUUUUUAGAACAAAAAAAGAUCAAAAAAUCGUCCUGCGCGAUAAAAAAAUUGACGCGAAAAAGAUACUGUGGCGGCAGGGGCGGAGUUAGCUGGUAGAAAUAUAAAAUCUGAACAGACUAUAUUGUGAAUGACCUACGUUCCUCAGAGGAAAAAACUUGUUGCUAUUCCAUUGAAAGAGCUCAUUUGAAGUUCAUGUGACCCUUUCCUGAGUUAAAAAUGAAAACUUUGGAAGGAUUCAGAAGCCGUGAGAAGGCUUGAAGAGCGAAAAAAGUGGUUUGACACACAGUUACGGCGAUGCGACGAAUGUGAUUCGCGCGUCCCCGUGGGUUUAAUGCGCCGCUGUUCGACAUGCGAGUUGGCCCUUAUAAACCGUACCAAAUUUGAAUAUCGACUAGUGAGUUCUCCACCGCGAAGUCGGACAGUGAACAUUAACGCUCAGGACUGCAUUAUAUGUCUGGAAUGUUGUGUGAAUUCGCACAAUGGGCAUGAGGUGCAGGUGAUCGCUCCGAGGUUCGUCGUCAAACGGACCUCUUCUAAUUCUAUCUCGAGGUGGGAAACGAAGAUGAGACCACUAAAUCUCCCUUUCAGUUCUACGGACUCAUCGGACUGUCAGAACGACCAGAAGCGUGGCCUCGGUCGGAACUUAAGGUAUGCAAAACAGUGGCGAUGAGCUACAAGUACUCGAAACAGCUUGGCGCAGCGGAUGAAGAGUCGCAUCUGCGGGGUCUUUCGGAUGAUGUCGAUGAAGGGGCGCUCGAGCGGCGGCGGCUCGUUCAAAAUCCUAUCGUCGCGUCAUCCAGAUACGUCGCAGUUGUUCAACGAGAGCGAAAUUGUCCAGCAGCGACACUGCUCUUUCUACGGUUAGUGAAGCCUUCUCGGGAAUCGGUUGCGAAAAUUGGCCGCCUCGGGGCAUUAUAAGUGACCGCUCUAGUAGCGUCAGCACUCUCAAGUGAUGCAUAAAAUUGCUCAGAAACUUUCGAGCACGCCCGGUAUUCGUUACCUGGGUCCGGGUUGUUAAAAAAACGAUUAUCCAAUUAUUCAAGUUAUACGGAAUGGUUUUGAGUAACUAAACCAAAAAUGGGCACUAGGUUUUUCUUGCCACAGUUUCAUCUGAUUGGAAAGUUUCCAUAGUCUGAGAGUAAAAACUUUUUAGUAUGUCCUUUUACCGGAACGAAUUUUCAAUCGUAAACUAUUUUUGACAAUAAAAAAUGGAGACGCCCCUCAUCUCUCAAUAAUGAGAUUUUGUCAGAAGACUUCGAGAAAAUUCAGAAAGCGAUGAAUCGCCGAGCUGGAAGAGCAACAGAGCCAAAGGUCGUCCGACGACUUCGCUCUCAACGGAGAUCUGCGGCGGAAAACUCGACAGCAACAGGUCACCGUCGUUCCUGACCGACGAAAUGUCCUUCAAAGACACGUUCAGCGUCGACAGCGUCUUCGGUUUGAUCAUCUCGUUUGAGAUCUCAGAAUGAGAUUCAGAACCUCGCAGUGCCGAAGCCGACUACAACCCCGCCUACCUGACGAACAACGGAUUUAACACCGAGGGAGGAAAGACCGACUUGCAGAACGGCACCAACGACUACUGGCGUCUCCGGAUGGGCGUCAGCUGCGGAUUUCAGCCAAGGUAAUUCAGAAGAGCUGAAGGAACUCAAGCAAGAGGUUCAGGAUGAAGCCCGCCUUUCCAUUCUAUGAGCAGAUCCCAUCUCUCUUUCUCUCCGCCGACGGACCCAAAAUCGACAAGCUGCCGGUUCGAGCUCGUGAAACCAAGUCAGACAGUUCCUUUUUGCCCCAUUCCUACUACGAAGAAAUCAAUGCUUGA